AUGCCGUCUGCUCCGCGUACGCUGAGUCUCCUUCUCUGGGCGGCGGGUUGUGCCGCACAAGUCUCCGCACAACAGCACUCGAGCCAGUGUUCACUCGAAAGCGUGAGCGCUCUCCUCACACCAGAAAAUCAAGCUGAGGUCUUGACGACUCUACACUUGGGCGACAAUGGCACCUUUGGAGAGGCGGGCAACAUCACCUACCCCCAAAACGCAACGCACCUACCGCCGCUCUGCGUCGUCUCCAUCAACGUCACGUCCUCCACGACAUCAUCCUACACAUUUGGCCUAUUCCUACCGGAUGAGUGGAACAAUCGCUUCCUCGCGGUGGGAAACGGGGGGUUCUCGGGGGGUAUCAACUGGUACGCCAUGGGCACCGGCGUCAAAUACGGCUUCGCGACAAUGUCCACUUCCACGGGCCACAACUCGUCGAACCAGGACAUGGGCUGGGCGCUCAACAACCCCGAGACAAAAGCCGACUGGGCAGGUCGCAGUCUCCACGGCUCUACCGUCGUCGCGAAGCAGAUUGUAGAGGGGUACUACGGCGCUGCGGCCAACAGGUCGUAUUACUCCGGUUGCUCGACCGGUGGCCGGCAGGGCGUGAAGUCGGCGCAGGACCACCCGGAGGACUUUGACGGGAUCCUUGCGGGCGCGCCGGCGUGGAUGUCGACGAGCCAGCAGUUGUGGCAGCUGAAGGUCGGGGCUGUGAAUCUGCCCGAGGACGGGCCCGGGUACCUCCCGUCCGCCGUGUUUGACGCCAUCAGCGACGAGGUUCUACGGCAGUGCGAUGGGUCUGAUGGCGUCGUCGACGGCGUAGUGAAGAACCCCGCGCACUGCAAUUUCCGGCCAGAGAAGAUGCUCUGCAACACCGGCGCGAGCUCGAACCGCUCCGCGUGUCUGACGGCGCCGCAGAUCGCGACGCUGAAGCAGCUGUACCGCCCGCUCAUCCAGCUCGACGCCGACGUUCACAACGUAACGUACGUCUACCCCAACUUUGGCCUGGGUUCCGAGAAGCAGAUGCCGUCGUCGUUUGGAUCAAACAACGAGCCCAGCCUCUACGGGACGGAGUACGCCAAGAAUUACCUCUUUGAUGACCCGUCGUGGGACUGGACGACGCAGUUCGACUACUCUACUUUCGUCGAGGCCGCGCGGCUGAACCCGGGCAACGUGAACGCCGACAACUUUGAUCUCUCCGCCUUCCACGAGCGCGGCGGGAAACUGGUGCAGUACCACGGCUACGCGGACGGCCUGAUCCCGACGGACGUGAGCCGCGUGUUAUACGACGAGACGUGGGCGGCCAUGGCGGCGCGGGGGGUCGACCUGGACCAUUUUUGGAGGCUCUUCUUUGUGCCCGGGAUGCAGCAUUGCUCGGGCGGGGUGUACGAUGCGCCGUGGUACUUUGGCGGGAGCGAUAAUGCCGCGGCGCUGGAGGGGAACGGGCAGCAUGUUUUCCCUGUGCCUGGCGUGGAUGAUGUGAGGCACGAUGUGUUGCUUGCGCUUGUUCAGUGGGUUGAGAGCGGCGGGGAGGGCGUGAGGGAGAUUGUUACGACUAAGUUUGCGAAUGAUACUGUUGGUAAGGGGCUGAAAAAGCAAAGCUUUGAAAAGAACUGA